GAAUACGAGGGCGGUAGAAAUGAGAGAAAUGAACGGCAUGGAGAUGGCAAAGCAAUACUGCCGAACCAUGAUACGUAUGAAGGGCACUACUGCAAUGGUCUAAGGAAUGGAAAAGGCUUCUAUAAGUUUAAAAAUGGAGCAAGAUACUUUGGAUAUUAUGCGGAAAAUCGCAAACACGGACCGGGUGAUUUUUACUAUUUGGAUGGUUCCGUUUACAAAGGAAAUUGGGCUGAUGACAAGAGAAAUGGUUUGGGAACCUAUUAUUACAUAAACGGGGACGUCUACGAGGGUGAAUGGCGAAACCACUUACGACACGGGCAGGGCAAGUAUACUUUCGCAGCCACUGGACUAGUCUAUUCUGGACUUUGGAAAGAGGGUAAAAUGGAUGGCUGGGGAGAACUUAUUCAUGAAAAAUAUAGAUUUGUUGGCAUUUGGAAGGACGGAAAACUCCUUGGGAAAGGCCGAUAUAUCUUUGACAAACUCAACUGCCAGCAAAUUGGCGAAUACGUCCUAACUCCCGCAGCUCCGGAAGAGAGACGACCAGACGACGAAGGUGGCAAUGUUACAAUUUCACGAUGGAAGGGUCAGACCAUUGAAAAAAUAAAGGAAGAGGAUAUGAAAUCUAAGACGCACACUGAGGCAGAUGCUACGCUCGAGGAGGAAGACGCUUUAGCUGAUGCCUCCAAUACUUCCCCUGUCGUUUACACAAAAGAGGAGGAGGAGGAGGACGCUUUAGGUGAUGCCUCAAAUACUUCCCCCAUUGUUUCAACAAAAGACGAAGAGGACGAGGAGGAGGAGGAAGCGCCGGUUGAUGCACAGGAUUUGGAAGAAGAAGAAGUCUGA